UGCCUUGUGCACAUCGGUAAGUGUGGGCGAAGCCAGAAGCCGAGCAGAAUGACCCGCAGCGCUAACAACGUUUUGUUGGAAAAGGGGCCUAUCGUUGAGAGAAGUACACGAUUGAGUAACCCAUGGAAAGCGUUCAUGGACAAGUACGAUGUAGAAAGAACACACAAUUCUGGGAUUCGAGUUGAUUUAGGGGAAGAUGCAGAAGUGGAAAAUUCCAAGUAUAGAAUACCAGGUGGAAAAUGUCCAGUUUUUGGAAAGGGUAUUGUUAUAGAGAAUUCUGAGGUAAGCUUCUUAAGACCCGUAGCUACAGGAGAUCAGAAAUUGAAGGAUGGAGGUUUCGCCUUCCCCAAUGCAGAUGACCAUAUUUCCCCUAUGACAAUAGAUAAUCUUAAAGAAAGAUAUAAAGAUAAUGUAGAGAUGAUGAAGCUAAACGAUAUAGCUUUAUGUAGAACCCAUGCAGCUAGCUUUGUCAUGGCAGGAGAUCAAAAUUCUUCUUAUAGACACCCAGCUGUUUAUGACGAAAAGGAAAAAACAUGUCACAUGUUGUAUUUAUCAGCUCAAGAAAAUGUAGGUCCAAGAUACUGUAAUCGGGAUGCAGAAAAUAGAGAUGCCAUGUUUUGCUUCAAGCCAGAUAAAACUGUAGAUUUUGAAAAUCUGGUGUAUUUAAGCAAAAAUGUGCGUAAUGAUUGGGAAGAAAAAUGCCCCCGUAAAAAUUUAGGAAACGCUAAAUUUGGAUUAUGGGUAGAUGGGAACUGUGAAGAAAUCCCAUACGUUAAAGAAGUGGAAGCAGAAGAUCUACGCAAAUGCAACAGAAUCGUUUUCGAAGCUAGUGCUUCAGAUCAACCAACUCAGUACGAAGAAGAACUAACGGAUUAUCAAAAAAUACAAGAAGGAUUUAGACAGAACAAUCGGAGCAUGAUUAAAAGUGCCUUUCUUCCAGUGGGCGCAUUCAACUCGGAUAAAUUUAAAAGUAAAGGAAGAGGAUUUAACUGGGCCAAUUUCGAUUCUGUAAAUAAUAAGUGUUAUAUUUUUAAUUCCAAACCCACGUGCCUCAUUAAUGACAAAAAUUUUAUUGCAACAACGGCGUUAUCCCACCCCCAAGAAAUAGACAAUGAGUUUCCAUGCAGCAUAUACAAAGACGAAAUAGAAAAGGAAAUUCGGAAACAAUCGAGGAACAUGCAACUGUAUAAUGUGGAUAGGGAAAGGAUUGUCCUGCCAAGGAUAUUUAUCUCCAACGAUAAGGAUAGUAUCAAAUGUCCAUGUGAACCUGAACACAUUUCCAACAGUACUUGCGACUUUUACGUUUGUAACUGUGUAGAGAAAAGGGCAGAAAUUAAGGAAAAUAACGAAGUUGUCAUAAAGGAAGAAUUUAAAGAGGAUUACCAAAAUGGGGAGGGAAAAUCCAACAAUAAGAUGCUACUAAUUAUUAUCGGAGUAACUGGAGGUGUUUGCGUGGUCGCACUGGCCUCCAUGUUUUACUUCAGGAAGAAAGAGCACAAUGAUAAGUAUGACAAAAUGGAUCAGGCAGAAGGGUACGGAAAGCCCGCCACGAGGAAGGACGAGAUGCUCGACCCCGAGGCGUCCUUCUGGGGCGAGGAUAAGCGGGCCUCCCACACCACGCCUGUGCUUAUGGAGAAGCCUUACUACUGA